GCGGGGGAGGAGCCGGGUCCACUGCCGGGUGGAGGGGCAAGGCGAGUGUCCUUAUCCUACCGACCGGGGCCCGGGCCUGGGAGCCAGUUGGAGUCGCGGCAGCGUGAACGAUCGGGCCGAGCGGAAGCAGACAUGUUGCUCUUCGUUGAGCAGGUGACAUCUAAAGGCACUGGUUUAAAUCCUAAUGCCAAAGUAUGGCAAGAAAUUCCUUCUGGAAAUCCAGAUGGCACUCCUGUAACUGAACCCUCUUGGCAUGAAACUGCAGCCACAUCUGGAUCUCACCCUGAAGGCAAUACAGAACUUUCAGAAGAUAUGUGUAAGGAAUAUGAAGUAAUGUAUUCUCCAUCUUGUGAAACCACAAGAAAUACUGCAGACGUUGAAGAGUCCACUGAUGGGAUGAUCUUAGGACCUGAAGACCUGAGUUACCAACUAUAUGAUGCUCCUGGAGAAAGCAGCUCAGCAAUUUCUACAGAAGAUUUAAAAGAAUGUCUGAAAAAACAAUUGGAAUUCUGUUUCUCACGAGAAAAUUUAUCAAAGGACCUUUACUUGAUAUCUCAAAUGGAUAGUGAUCAGUUCGUCCCAAUAUGGACAAUUGCCAACAUGGAAGAAAUAAAAAAAUUGACUACAAAUACAGAUUUAAUUCUUGAAGUAUUGAGAUCUUCCCCUAUGGUACAAGUUGAUGAGAAGGGAGAAAAGGUGAGACCAAGUCAUAAGCGAUGUAUUGUGAUUCUCAGAGAGAUUCCUGAGACAACGCCUGUAGAGGAAGUGAAAGCUUUGUUUAAAAAUGAAAACUGCCCCAAAGUGAUAAGCUGUGAGUUUGCACACAACAGCAACUGGUACAUCACUUUCCAGUCAGACACAGAUGCACAGCAGGCUUUUAAAUACUUAAGAGAAGAAGUUAAAACAUUUCAGGGCAAGCCAAUCAUGGCAAGGAUAAAAGCCAUCAAUACAUUUUUUGCUAAGAAUGGUUAUCGAUUAAUGGAUUCUAGUAUGUAUACUCAACCUAUUCAGACUCCUACCCAGUACCCCUCAGCAGUCUUCAUGCAACCAGUGUACAAUCCUCAGCAGUACUCAGUGUAUAGUCUUGUGCCUCAGUCUUGGUCUCCAAGUCCUGCACCUUAUUUUGAAACAGUGUGUGUCUUUUUUAGUGUGAAGCCUCAUUUUAGGUCAUCCAGUGGUUCAGAACACUCAACAGAGGGCUCCGUGUCAUUGGGAGAUGGACCACUGAGCAGAUCUAGUUCAAGGAUCUUUCUUUCUGAACGCCAUAACCCAACAGUAACAGGGCACCAGGAACAAACUUAUCUUCCAAAGGAGGCUCCCAUUUUACAGAUGGAACAGANUGGGGACUUCGGAAGAGGCAGGCGAACUCUCUUCAGAGGCCGAAGGCGAAGGGAUGAUGACAGGAUCCCAAGACCGCAACCUGCAGCAACUGAAGCCAAGGCUCCAACUCCAAAGUUUGACUUACUUGCUACAAAUUUCCCUCCUUUACCUGGAAGCUCAUCGAGAGCGCCAGAUGAACUUGGUUUGGAGAAUAGAAUGUCUGAUGUCGUUAAAGGUGUCUACAGAGAAAAGGACAGUGAGGACGUGAGAGUUAGUUGCCCAGUGCCUGCAGAGGACGGACAGACAGACUGCACUUCUGCGCCACUCAGCAUAAGUCCUAGUCCUCCAUGUACAGCUGAGCCUCCUGUGUUAAGCACAACUCAGCAAGAGAAGGAUCAAAUGGAGGACUCUGUUGUUCCAAAGGACAUUCUCAACCCAGUAGCUGUGCCAGUGUCUUCUCCAACUGCUACCAAGCCAUCAAGGGCAAAUACUGCUUCACCUUGCAAUAGUGACGUAAAUCCACCUAUAGCCGUGGCCCUACAGGAACCUCGAAAGUUAAGCUAUGCUGAAGUGUGUCAGAAGCCUCCUAAAGAGCCAUCUCCAGUUCUCGUACAGCCGCUGCGGGAACUCCGGUCCAAUGCAGUAUCUCCCACCAGAAAUGAAGAGAACGGAGCUCCCGAGAANCCNNAUGAGAAGCCGCAUGAGAAACCAGAAACAAGGGCUAGUAAGGAUCAUUCUGGCUUCCGAGGCAACACCAUUCCCAGGGCUUGUGGACGUUGUACAUCGUGUUUUGCCAAAGACUCAGUGGCGUUUAAAAGAGUUCUAUCUACGUUCUUACCCACCUGUAUUUUGGAGACGGAUGAAGCCUUCCAGGGAUAG